UAAAAUAAAAAUCAGACAUGUCAUCACUCUAGAAAAGAGAGUAGAACAACAAAAGUUUAAAAAGCACAUGCAAAUUUAAGACAUUAUCAACAUGUGAAGCAGACAUCAAGGCCACAUUACACAAGUUUAUACACAGUUAAGUUAUAUGCUUAAGAAACAGCAAUAACAUAAUUACAGAGAAAGAAAGGAACCAAAAAGGAAGACAGUAACUGAUCCAUUCAGAUGCCCGUUGACAUGCUCCAUAUCUAUCCAAAGGCUGUCAUCAGUUCAGUUAUGAGAAGAAUCACCUCACACUAGUGAUAUACACAGAUUUUCAUGCUGCCGAAAGAUAGAUCACACAGAAGAUAGAUGCUCUUUAUCCGAAUUCAAGUUUUUUUUUUGCAACUCGAGAGUCAUGCAACAUCAAGUGCACAAAGCUAUAACGUCAAAUGAAUUUUCUACCAGUUGAGUUACAAUAAGAGCAUCACAUCUCACCGCUCCACCGCUCGCAGCCACGGCGACUCCACGCCUCCCGCUCGCCGUUGCCAACACCACCGCCGAUCUCACCGCUCCAACCUCGCGGCAUGCCCCCUCGCCGGCGAGGACCGCAGGCGGCGACCGCGGCCGCACCCCCUUCCCCCCUUAUUUGCCCCUCCACAUCUACGAAUCCUCCCCGGAGAUGGUGAGAUUGAUCUCGCCAGUUCUGCAGGGGGUACUCAUGGUGACCGGGGCUCGGGGUUGGGUGGAGCGGGCGACCAGGAUCCGCGACGCCACCGCAGCAUGGAUCCGGUGCGUGCGGGAGUGGAAGGCGGCGGAUCACAUGGUGGCGGCGGCGAUAGACCCGAGCAUGAGAUCCGCGACGAUGAAAUAUGCAGAGACUUGUCAGAGGAGGGCAGAUUUGGAGCAGAGGAUUCUGGCGAGGAAGAUAUACGGCGAGGCCACGGCGGAGGAAAGGGCAAGGAUGCCCGCCUCCCCCCACUCCCCGCCGGCCACGUUCGUGCUGUGGGCGAGGGCGGAGGCGAAAUCAGAGGAUCCCCGGAGGGCGCUGAGGUGGGAGUGCUUAUUGGGGGUGAUGCCGUCGGGCGCACCAAUGCAGCUCUCGUCCUCGUCGCCGGCGACCAGUCGAGAUUGAUUCGGCGGGCGGCGUCGCCGCCGGCGUUGGCGCUGACUUCUCCGGUGACAUGUGCGAGUCAGGCGAGAUUGAGGAGGGGCCGUCAGGUAUCUGCUCAAAUCUCAAGUUCUGAGGGUGGAUUCUCUUCGUCAGCUUCGGCGAGUUCUGGUUCCAGUAGGAGUAGCAGCUUGAGCCCGAGGAGGUCGACCUCGCCGCCGCCGGCGAUCUUCAGCUUGAGGGAGAGUGUGGACUCGGGCCCAUGGAAGCUUGUAGAUUGGAAAGCCCCACAGGUCAGUGGGCCAAGCGAAAAGGAUGGAAACGAGACAGCUGGCCGUUUCAGAGGGAGAGACGACUGCUACUCUACUAAAGUGGCGGCGCCUUCUCAAAACCCGCAUCCCAGUGCUCCCCCUGACCUGCGGGUUGGGUCAACACAGAGAGAUCCAGCUAGGGUUCGCCCGAGAAAUCCCAGAUCCAACCUAGUCUGGAUCAGGAAAGACAAGUUUGCCUCAGGUGAUUUUUCGGCUGCGGACUGUUUUCCUGUGGUUGUGCGCGAUUCCAAGCACCUGCCCAACCCCAAGUUCUUUAGUUUCUCCCGUGAUCACUGGUCGAGGAAGACGGGUAAGAUCCCUUACGCUUCUGUGGUUAAUCUCAUGGCGGGAGGUGGAAGAGACUCAGGCAAUAGAGGAGGAAGAUAUGGUGCUGGCAGGGGACAAAACCCGGGCCGUUCUCCUGCUACCACAACAGAUGGUCGACAAGCUGCGACUACUCUGCCUCCUCCUCAGGCUCCUAAGGCUCCACAGGCUUCCCAACCUCAACCCCCGCCUUUGUCGAUUUUUGCAAAACCCCCAUUGUUUCCUGUGGGAGCUGCUCCAGCCAUGAUGCAGCCAAAUCCCAUGUAUGGAUAUCAAGGGGGAUGGAACCCUCAGAUGCCACAGUGGCCCCAGCACCCCAGUUUCCCAUAUCAGUACAUGCCAGCCGCCCUUGGGUACGAUCAGCAAUUCAACUCAGCAGGCCAGAAUAUGCAUCCAGUGCAGACAAUGCAAUACAGUGGUGGGAGUUCAUCUGUAGGUGGUAGUGGACAGACUCAGACUGGUCACAACAAGAGCAAGAAGAAAAAGAACAAGAAUCAAAGUGCUGUUGUACAAGAUCAGAGUGCCUCUGCACAUGAAGAUGAUCCUCCUUUCACUGUGGAUCCAAAAUACAUUGGAGCCAUCUGCUAAUUGUGGCCUGCCUGGUCAUUUUGUGGGCAUGUGCUCCAUUCCCAAGAUUUGUUUCAUGUGUAAGACCCCUGGACACCAUAUGGAUGCUUGGCCCACCUGGUACAAAGCAUACCCAUCAGCUAUGUAUUGGGGGAGUGCAAAUACUGGACUUGGGUUCUUUCACAUUGAAACUAGUGAUAAAGAAGACAGUGAGUGGCUUAAUUUUGGCAAUGUGGGGCUAGUUCUUGUUGAAAAAGGUGAAAUUUCUGGUAAGGAGCUAGGACAUCACUUCUCUGAUAUGUGGAAGACUAACUGGCCUUGGCAGAUCAGACCUUAUGACAAAAACAAGUACAUUAUCAGAUUCCCUCCAAACAAAAAUAUUAAGGACUCGGUGGAAUACCCUUCAAUUAAUCUAAAGAAGGAAGGAGUGGCAAUCUCUUUUGCUGAUUGGAAUGGUGAGCAUCCUGUCUAUGACAGUCUGAUAGAAACUUGGAUUGUCAUUGAUGGCCUUCCACCAAAAUGGCUCUCUUGGUCGACUAUUGCUCAAGUGGCCACCACUCUGGGAGUGCUUGUCAAUGUUGACUGGCAUACCAUCUUCAGAAGUUUCUAUGAGAAAGUUAGGGUCCAGGUGGCUGUUAGAGACCCCAGCAAGAUCCCCAGAGACAGAGUUGUAGAGAUCAAUCAUGAGCUAUAUUUGCUGAAUUUUUCUGUGGAGAGAGAUGCUGAUAAUGGGACCACCUCAGACAAGCCAUCUGAUCCUGAUGAUAAUGAUGAUGAUUCAAACAAAAAGAAACAAGAAGAGGAGGAUUUUGAUUCUAGCAAUGAUGACUUACUGGGGGAGGAUAUGGAUACUGGGACUAGUAACACUAUCAACAAAGAUAAGAAUGUUGCUACCGGUACUGGUUCCAGAGGGCCAAAGUCUAUACAAAAAUGCUGCACCCCUGUCCCUGAGAGCAAUAUAGAAGCUUCUGUCUUCUCUAAAGUUCAAGGGGCCCCAAUGACCAAAAGCUAUCUGGAGGUUGUCAAAAAGAAGCCAAUAGAAAACAUGGGAGGUCCCCUCCUAGAGAGAUUUGAGGCUGUAGUUACUCAAUCCCACACCCUUCCCCAAACAUCUGACAAAAACAAGAAGUGGGGUCCUGUGAUUGCUACUAGAGCUAGCACCAGAAAUAAGAAAGAUGGGAGACCUACUCUGCAGAAAGCCCAAGAAUUGAAACAAAUCAAAGAUCUGGACCUACCAAAAAAAGGUGAGCUGAAUGAUAUUUGGAAGAAAGAAGAGAUCAAAGCUAGACAGUGGUCUAGGGAGAGGGAGAUCCUAGAAGGUGACCUUAAUACUGGGUAUUUCAAAGCGGUGGCAAGCCAAAAAAGGAGGAAGAAGCAGAUCCUGAUGCUUGAAAGUGAUGAAGAUAUUAUGGCGAAAAACAGCUUCCAUUUUGGCCUCGUGGGAGAUCAGGUGCGCGGACCCCGCCAAAAGGAGAUGUCAUCUCCUGGUGCAACAUCUGGAACAAAUGGCGCGAGCACCGCCCCUCCUUCUAUGGCCAGACCCUGGCUAGGGUUGAACCAAUGCUCUGGAGCGACAAGACCUUGCUUCAGGCCUGGAGUCUCGCUCUGACGACCUCAAGAAAGAUGCGCCGUCUGCAAAAAGUUCCUUAUAUUUAAAACUAGCUUCGUGUGGGUGUAUGUUGUACUCGGUACUAUCUUUCGCUCUCUUGCUCUUUUGCUCUUUAUCUUCUCCCUGGCCUGCUUCCCCUGGGAGCUGUCCAAGGGGAGAGGAGCAUAGAUUGCUUAGAGUUCCUGCUGGGGCAGCAUUUUGCUGUUUAUUUCCCCCGCGCGCCUUGUAGCUUUGAACAAUGUUCUGUGGUUUCGUUCUUGCAAUGGAACCGGGGCGUGAGCCCUUUUCCUCUAAAAAAAGGUUGAAGGAAAAUGUUGAGGGG